AUGGCAUCUUCCCAGCCUCAGGUGGGCGCAGAUGCCACUACGAUCGCAGGCACCACUAUAGCCUGUCGUGAGAACCUCAAGCGGUGCACGGAGAUCGAAGCUCUUAAUCAUCACAACUGGGCAGAAAACCGUCUUGCCGACUUCAACAUCUGGGACUCAGGUCUCGCAGCCUGCUCAAAUGGACAGGCUUCCCUCGAAAAUCGGUUGGUUCCCAAACCACAGAUACGAACAGCAGUCCUGAGUCUCCUCCUCCUCUACGAACAAUCUGUCGAUCUCUGCAUAGAACUUGGAUUUCUUCAUGAUGAGCGGGACAAACUCAACCGUGGUAGUGAACUUGCCGACAACGCCAGCAUGGAUGACCCAAAUCUUAUACCGAAAAGCUCGAUUCAGGACAGCGAAUUAACUGUCUAUGACUCAACCUUGCUAGAGGCGAUUGAAGAUGCAGAUUUGGUAUUGAAUGACCUAGCGAGGCUAGCUGUGUUGAUUCGCAAGGCUGGUACUACCGCACGUCUCUCCAAAGCCGACAAAACUUUUGAUCCAAGGGCGGAAAAGCACAACGACCUUCGGGCUCACCUGUACCAAGUCCUAGUAUCUCAGCCUUCAUGGCUAGAGGGUAGGCGCCAUGAAUACUGGAGAGAAAAGGAUCCAGGCCUGUUGGGUAUCUCAAAGGCAGAUGGGGGCACCACUUGGGCUUGUGCCGACCAAAAUGCGAUCACGUUUUCGUAUGACGAACGUGAAUUCACACAAGUACAGCGGCGACUAGUUGAGGCGAACCUCCGGCGUUCCCACCGAUUUGCAUAUUCACAAAGGCAUAGCAGGAAGUUAGAGACUUUGUCACAACUGCCUAACAACGAGAAGAGUCAAAGAAGUUCCAGCAUCGGAAAUUCUUCUCCAAAGUGGACCGUGCCAUUAGACCCAAACGUUCACCUCCCAGAUAAGAAACAGCAAGCACAUAGUGAUAACCGUCCGACCCCCAAUGAGAUAGCCAAGGCCAUGACGGCUACAGCCGCAUCUGACGUAGAUUCAAAGGUGAUCGGCGACGUAGCAAGGCCACCCACCCCAUCUCAGCAAGCAGUCACGGAGGUAUCCACUACAGUAUCACGUAUACGAUAUCCGCAACCACCUCCUUUUGGGAAAGGGGCAACCAUAUUCAACUGUCCAUGUUGCUGCAUUCCUCUUCCUGUUGUCUUCGCGGAGUCUAGGCGUUGGAAAAAUCAUAUAAGGGAAGACAUUCUCCCUUACGUAUGCGUUCUGCCAAAUUGCCCUCAACCCGACACUCUUUUUGCGCAGAAGACAGCGUGGUUGCAACACAUGUUCAGUCAACACACAACGACCAUCGGUUGGGGAUGCGAGAUCUGUGGUGAUGAGGAAACAUUCUCCCGUGAGGCAGAUCUUGUCGAGCAUCUGGCCGACAUACACCUUGACUCUAUACCCAGGGAUGAGUUAGACUUGUUCGUUGAUAUGGGCGCCAAGCAAUCAGUAGAAGGGUUAUCAUCAUGCCCUGUGUGUAGCUGGACGCCGGGCGUAGAAGGUGUCGUGUCAAAUGACCAGCUCAUUGACCAUGUAGCAGAACACAUCCAUUCGUUCGCGUUGAGAUCACUGCCAUGGGCACCGGACAAGAUUGACUACAGUCAAGGCACCUUUAAAUCUUCUAUCGAAAAGGUAGAAACAUGGUUUUCCGCAUGUAAUCCCGGCGCGGAAACCUUUGAACACACGCCAACCCUGCAAACCCAAGGUUCUCACAGUAACCGCGACAACUAUUUUGAUAAGCAUGAAUAUUUUGCCGAGAGCUCCAAAGCGUCAUCGGACGCUGCGACACCGUCAGGCUUUUCGAAUCAUGACGAUUCAGACGAAGACGAGUCUUCAAUUCGUAUGGUGAAGGAUCUGGGCUUCGGAGCCGCUGCGUCAAAUCUUCCAGCAAUUUUCAACACGCCAGGCGAAUACGACGCAGAGAUAUCCGAUUCUCUCAAAGCGGUGUUUGAGAAGCGCAAGUCUCGUCACUCUUCCCAAUCCCAGAAGACAUCAGGAACUACACAUAUCCUUUUGAAUCUUCAAAAAGAAAUCGAGGACGAGUUGGAAUGGAGCCAACAUGAUCAUAAAGAAUUUCUACCGUUGCAAUCUUUCGAAGGUAUCUUUAAUCCGAGGACGAUCGCGUUGCUUUUGGACCAGACUUACCAUUUCGCAACGCAUAAAGAACUGGAAAACAAGUUUGCAAGUAUUAUGAACCGAAAGUCAGGCAGGAGUCGGCGCCGGACGUUGGCUGUCUUGGUCCUCAUGUCAAAAGUUGCGCACAUCGAAGACUUCAUCCGAGAAGACAUCUGGGACGAUGAUCUGCCGGUUGAGCACUUAGCAGAGAACGCCAAGGGAUAUGUCGUAACUCGUACCUCAGAUAAUGACAAACUGAUGAACACAUGGAGUAGACCCGACAUCAAUCUCUUCUGCUCUUAUCAGAAGAUAUUCUUUGUCCCUUUCUUUGACAUGCGUGCCGACCGAUUGUGUUUUUACGAGUUACAGUCGAAUAUCAGGCUUCCUUGGAUGGUAUUUCAGCACAAGACAAAUGGGGGGUUUGGUGUUGUACAUAGAGUCGAGAUUCACCCAGAUCACCACAACUUUCCAGUAUCUAAUUCUCGGUUGCAACCGGUUUUUGCGUUGAAAAUUAUAGAGGCCGCGAAUCACAAGGCGUACGAGGAUGAGCUUGCGGCACUCCAAAAGACUCGCGCGCAGGUGCACAAAGAAAAGCACCUUAUCAAGCUCUUGCUCACGUUUCAGCACGGAGAUAAGUUCUUCCUACUAUUUGAAUGGGCAGACGGUAACCUCGAAGAAUUCUGGAAGUUACAUCCUACCAGACCAGCAACACUGCUGGGCGAGUCGUGGGCGGCAAAACAAUGUCUGGGCCUCGCAAGAGCAGUGAGUGAAAUCCAUGGGCUUACUACGUGGCAAAAGAUCGGCAGAUCAUCCUCGUUCGAGGCAUUUGAUUACGGCGAGCGUGACUGGGGAAGGCAUGGGGAUAUCAAGCCCGAGAAUAUCCUGUGGUUUCAAGAAUAUGAAACUGAUCACGAUCUUCUCGUGAUUUCCAAUCUCGAACUUACACGCUAUCAUUCACAGUUCUCGAAGACCUUUGUCCCACGCACACAAAUCGAUGGGUGUAGUUGGGCUUAUCGACCACCCGAGUUAGACAUGGAGGAAAGAAUCUCGCAAAAGUACGAUAUCUGGUCUCUGGGUUGCGUCUUUCUAGAGUUUGCUGUUUGGUACCUUCAAGGCCACUACGAGGUUGAGGCUUUCAGCUUCCAGAGAGAAGAUGAAGAUCUGGCGACCUUUGAAGGAGUGAAAAUUGAGAAGUUCUUCAAUAUCCACAGUUCGGAAGAUGGGCGUAGGAAACCGCACCUCAAACAGGUGGUAAAAGAUCGACUGAGAGAGUUGGACAAUCUGAGCAAUGCGACUACGUUUACAAAGGGGUUGCUCUAUGUCAUUGAACACAAGAUGCUACAAUGCGCGCCCGAUGAAAGGGGACAGAUCGAUGUUAUAUGUGUCGAACUGUCAAAUAUCCUAGAGUCAAUCCAGCAAGUGGGAGAUACUGAUGACGUUGCACAAGGUCUCCGGUCGAGCCUUUCACAAGAUCUGGCUCAUAUUCGAAGGGACGACUCUGCACCCUCGUUGCGUGCGCCGAGAGAUAUAAGCCUGUAUGAAGAAUUGCGCGAAUCGGCUACUGAUGAUGAUGAUAUCAUGAUGGUGGAAGAAAGCGAUCCCGGAUUGCUGAUGCGCACAAGAUCUCGGAGAUCAAGACAAGACAAUAGCGGGAAAAGCGAAGGUCGUAGGGUUCCCGCACCAGGAACAUAUAGACAUGGCAUUCCCGGGUUGCAUGAAGCGAGCACGAUAGCAGACACAACACGAGAGACAAGGAGGCACCAGUCCGCGGCGAAAGAUUCGCGAUCAGAGCGUGCGGAUCUACCACAGAAAGACGCCAAUAGUCCUCAUGGAUCGAGUCAACCGCCAUCAACGGAUGGGACAAGCAGGGUGGAGCGCCGUGGGGUAAGCCGUUGGUUCCGCGAUACCAUCAAGCAAGUAAGGCCUGGUCGCAAAUGA